AUGCAACAAUCUACUGGAUUAGAUGGUCUUCUUGGGAAGGCCGUUACAACAGGUACUAGGUAUAAUGCGGAGCCAAAUAAGGAGAACACUACUCUUUUUGAGGAUGCAGUUAUGAGCUUACUUCGAGCGCUACCUUCUGUUGAUCCUACAGCUCGUUUAUCCUUGGCCAACCAUUCCGUUGUGGAGCUUCUGAGCAAUUCUCAAGUUAUUUUAUCUUCUUUGUCUACAUCAGCUUCUACUCGAAGUAAGAUACACAGACUUUUAUUCAUCAUAGCCAUGCAUAAUAUACGACUCCGAAGAUAUAUGGCCGCAGAUCUUGAACUGUGUCAUCCAAUCUUUGAAUGUCUCAAACGUUCCCUUAAAGAGCAACUAGGACCUCAAAACAUGAUUGACAUUUUGAGGCUGUUACAAGUGUUGACAUAUGAGAAAACUAUCGUUCUAGGCCAAUGGACUAAUGAUUUGAUAUCUUUUCUUAUGUCUGAAGUAAAUAGAGAAGAUGAGAUGGAAUGGAUGCCGUACUGUAUUACUAUUUUAUGCAACUUAGCUUCGAGAUCAAAAAACGUAUGCACUAAAAUCAAACGAUCCUCUUCGUUCAAAGUGUUUUGUCGAAGGAUUCUUAAGCUUCUUUCUCAUGAUUCCAGAGUAGUUGUCGUAUCGUGUUUAAUAUUAGUGGGAUAUUUAGACGAAAAGUUUAGAGAUAUGGUUUAUUGUCCUCAGAAUAUAGCCGAAACUUUUAAGUGUGUUUUCAAUGUAGUAGCUACGGGAGAUGGGGAUUGCUUGUUGACACGACAAAUCGCUUCUGAUCUGCUGAAACGUUUAGUAGUUUCCGAUGCUCCCACAAUCUCUUCUGUUCCUGUUAUAACGUCUACUGGGAGAGAUGUGAUGAAUUAUCCGUUUUUUGAAAGUAGUAUUCAGAGAGUUUCCGAACUAUUCGUCACACUUGAUCCACGUAUCGAAGAAAGUGUUAAGAUCUAUGAUCUCAUUCUCUCUUUCUGUAAGCUCACUCAGCUGCGCAGUUUUGUGUGUGGAGCCAUAAUUAGAACCCCAUCUACAGAAUCAAGAUUGACAACUCCCAUUCUAGCAGUUUUGAAAACCGCUUCAAUGUCCCCUACCUCUGCCAUUGACGCUCUUAUCCCUAUAAAAGCAAUGAGACUUCUCACCCUACUAUGUAAAGAAAUAAUCGAGUCUAAUCAAACCGUGUCUUCUUUUCUACCUCCUGCUCGAGUUAUUGAUAUUGUCGCCAAUGCACUGAAGACAUCAGUAGUGACGAGUGACGAAGAUGCUACGGGUCAGUGUGAGCUGAUAGUGGAAGGAUUGAAAUUAGCUGAAGUUUGUUCGCAAGAAGAAGAUUUCCGUUCUGAACUACUCAAUUUGGCUUCAGCUGCGUUAUGUAGACAUAUAGCAGAGUUUCAACUACUCACGAAUCCGAUAGUUGUUCAAAUGUCAAAGCCUCCAACUCAGCGAGUUUCCAAGCUACCGGAAUGGAGUGUUCAUGGAGUUGCCAUUGUUUUGGAGAUGAUUAGACUUUUGGCUGCUUUGAAAGAUCAUUCGAAGCCUCAUAAAAUAGAAUAUUGGAAUUCACUGAAAGAUGACAGAUUGAUCCCAUUUAUUGCCUUUGCAAUUGCUCACGGGAGCCAUGAAAUGGUUCAUGAUGCUCUUCUUCUCUAUACACAUUGUGCCCAGGUACAAGCGUUUCCUACGCGAUUAUUAGGAGACCUAGUGGCUUCUUGUACCAUAGCUGCCAUUCAUCAAUCUGAAAGUAAAUUGCUUGCCUCAUCAAGUAAUAUCAGAGAAACCAAGAGGUCUUCUCCCGAUCAAAUGGAAUAUUUGGAUGCCAAACAUGAUUCGGUUCCUCCUCGAUAUAGUCCCGAGAAGAAUCGCUUGUUGGAUGAAUUAUUGAAUAAUAUUCGAUCAGGUUUUGAGAUAAAAGAUUUGAAAAUGUCAGAAGUGCUGACCGCCUACGAAAAGAAAAUAACUAAUAUGGAGAAUCGCGAAAGAGAGCUGGAAAGAGUAAUCAGUUCAAUGGAACGUCUCCGGCUACAAUCAAAAGGAAGUUUCAACAAUGAAGCCGAAAUGGCCAAAAUUAGAUGUUUAGUUGGAGAAACUGAGGAGCUAAUGGAAAAAAAUAAGAAACUUGAGAAAGAAAUCGUUAUUAAUAAACUGAGCGAAGAGAGAAAAGUUAAAGACCUGAUGGAAGAAAUCACUAAGUAUCGCCAGGAAAAAGAUGACUUGAGUUCACAACUUCUUCUUGAAAAAGAGCAUGUAUUCCAAGCUCUUCGUCAUACAGAAGAUCAGAAGAAAUCUCUUGAAAGCGCCUCGGAGACUUUGAUUGAGAAAGGAUUGGAAAUAGAAAAAUUGUCUAAAUCUGUUGAACAUUUGAAAAUGGAUCUUCUAUCAUUGAAUAGGAAAUACGAUCAAGAUAUAAUGAAAUGGCGUAAAGAAAAUGAGGAACUAUCUGGAGAGCUGGAAAUGAUGAAGUCGAGAGGACAGAAGACUGCGCAGGAUCUAGACAAGUUGAACAGACUAAGAGAGGAGAUGCUCCGUUUGGCUAAUGGAUAUGAGUAG